UGGAUGAUUCAGCACCCACACAAAGCGGCAACGUUUUUUGGGUGCAUUGGAGUAGAUAAAUUUGGGGAAAUCCUGAAGAAAAAAGCUGCUGAAGCCCAUGUGGAUGCUCAUUACUAUGAACAGAACGAGCAGCCGACAGGAACUUGUGCUGCGUGUAUCACUGGUGACAACAGGUCCCUUGUAGCUAAUCUUGCUGCUGCCAAUUGUUAUAAAAAGGAAAAACAUCUUGAUCUGGAGAAAAACUGGAUGUUGGUGGAAAAAGCAAGAGUUUGUUAUAUAGCAGGCUUUUUUCUUACAGUUUCCCCAGAGUCAGUAUUAAAAGUGGCUCGACAUGCUUCUGAGAACAAUAGGAUUUUCACAUUGAAUCUGUCUGCACCAUUUAUUAGCCAGUUCUACAAGGAACCAUUGAUGAAAGUUAUGCCCUAUGUUGACAUACUUUUUGGAAAUGAGACGGAAGCUGCCACUUUUGCUAGAGAGCAAGGCUUUGAGACUAAAGACAUUAAAGAGAUAGCCAAAAAGACACAAGCCUUGCCCAAAGUGAACUCGAAGAGGCAGAGAAUUGUGAUCUUCACCCAGGGAAGAGAUGACACUAUAAUGGCUACAGAAAGUGAAGUCACUGCUUUCACUGUCUUGGAUCAAGACCAGAAAGAAAUUAUUGACACCAAUGGAGCUGGAGAUGCAUUUGUCGGAGGUUUUCUGUCACAACUGGUCUCUGACAAGCCUCUGACCGAAUGUAUCCGCGCUGGCCAUUAUGCAGCAAGCGUCAUCAUCAGGAGAACUGGCUGCACCUUUCCGGAGAAGCCAGACUUCCACUGAUGGGAGAGCAGGGAACCCAGCCUCGGAGUACAGCCACUGCCAGAUUGCUUCCUGAGAAUUCCAUAUUAAUAAAGGAGGAAAUUACCUGCCACCCUUUGCUACUAUAAUAAUGUUCUUUCUUAAUUUAGAGGGUACGGUUAUGCUCAUAGAAUCUUUAGUCUCUCUACAACCUAAAAAGUGAUGUUUAUUUCCAUCGUUUGAUAGUGCCACUUAAAUGUCAAUUAAACAGGAAUAUAACAUUUCAAUAGAAAUUUUUAUUUCAUUUUCAGUUACUUUGUAAAUUCACGUGCAUUUAGUAACUUGAUCAGUUUCUUUUUUUACAUUUCUGCUUUGAAUGCAGAUGUAAUUUAAUAUAAUCUUUUUUUAAAGGAAUGAAGCUUAAUAUCGAUCUUUAGCUUUUUAUACAGAUAUAUUUAAUCUAGGAGUAUGUGUGUACACACAUACACAUACAUAAAUGUACCACAUAUUAACAUGAUAAAUGGUCAAAUAAUGUACAGAAAUAUUUAUCUUACCAAGUUAUGCCAAGUAAUUUCUUCAGUGUGCACUCAAACAUAAUAAACUUUGGAUAAUUAAAUAAUUUGCCAAAUAUCAGGUUAUAUUACAAUAUUCAAAUCAUAUACUUAUGGUACUCUGUAAUUUGAUACAAAUAAAAACUUGUCAUAUUGGA